AUGUCUCAUAUGAAAGCCGUAGGUUUCAAGGGUGAGAAGAUUGUUUUCGAUCAUUUGGCAAAGAAACUCCGCAAUUGGUCAUAUGAGAACUGGACCAGCCGUCUUCGAUCACGCGCUGGAUUUCCUGCCUUUCGUCGUGAAGAAGCCGACCACGCCGACUUCACUUACCGAGACACCGCAUUGUCUAUGCGCAGGUGGCUCAACAAACUCGCUGUUCCCAUCGAUCCAUCGUGGUCAGUCUACACGACAUAUCAUAUUGAAGUCAAGACGACCAAUAAAAAUCACAAAGCACCUUUUCGAAUCAGCGACAAUCAGCUGGCACUGGUGAGCUCUGAUUCAGGCCUUGUGUAG